UGCAAGGCAACGCAGGCAGAGGCCACACAGAACAGGAGGAUCCCAACAGCCUCCUAAAACAGCCCAAGGAUGGAGCCACUACUAGGAGUAAAAAUUGGCUGCCUGUUUGCCCUGCUCGCUCUUACUCUGGUCUGUGGCCUUAUUCCCAUCCGCUUCAGAUGGUUCCAGAUUAAUGCAGCCACAUCAGGUCGUCAUCGCUUGGUCCUCAGCCUCCUAGGCUGCAUUUCUGCCGGGGUUUUCCUGGGGGCAGGGUUCAUGCAUAUGACCGCUGAAGCCCUGGAGAGCAUUGAAAACAAGAUUCAGAAGUUCAUGAUUCAGAACAGGACAGAAAGUGAGGGAAAAGCUUCUGAUAGUACUGACUCAGCUCGUGUGGAAUAUCCCUAUGGAGAGCUCAUCAUCUCCCUGGGCUUCUUUUUCGUCUUCCUUUUGGAGUCAUUGGCCCUGCAGUGCUGGCCUGGGGCUGCUGGAGCAUUCACAGCAACGCAGGAAGAACUGGGUGGGUCUCAAGGCUUGGGACUCCACAGCCAUGGACCUCUACCCUCACCGUCACGGGGUCCCCUUCGUGCUCUCAUCCUCUUGCUUUCACUCUCCUUUCACUCAGUGUUUGAAGGUCUAGCUGUGGGGCUGCAAACAACAGUGACAGCUACCGUGCAGCUCUGUCUUGCUGUCCUGGCUCACAAGGGCGUUGUUGUGUUCAGUGUAGGACUAAGGCUGAUGCAGGUAGGCACUAGAUCACAAUGGGCCAUGUUCUCCAUACUGUUAUUAGCUCUUAUGUCCCCUGUGGGCCUAGCCCUAGGGCUGGCGGUAGCUGGAGGAAGCUCAGAAGGGGGACAAGGUUUAACCCAGGCUGUACUAGAAGGUGCAGCAGCUGGCACCUUCCUGUACGUCACCUUCCUAGAAAUUUUGCCCCGAGAACUAGCUGCUCCUGAGGCCCCUCUGGCCAAGUGGGGCUGUGUAGCCAGUGGUUUUGCCUUCAUGGCCUUCAUUGCCUUGUGGGCCUGACAGAUUCCUGACUUUUCUGAUAGAUCUAUCUAAGAGGACUUCCCUCCCCUCAGGAGAUACCUCCCAAAUGCCUUUGGCCCUCAGGCCUUUCUUCACUGAGACUAAGGGACAGACCCUAGGCAUUAUCCCUAUGAACUGGACUCCAGCUCUUCCCACCCUGAGAUCCCAUUUCCAUCUGGGGCAGUGGAAAGAAUGUUUAGGUUGAGCGCUUAGAAACUAAUAAUUGAUAUAAAGACUGUCAUUCCAGAUUUUACUCUAUUACUGUUUAUGCUACUGUGGAUAAUAAAAUAGCCAUUUUG